AUGGUCUGUGACAGUGAUCUGAGGAGGGUGUGUGGGAGGAAGAGGAAGGGGACGCCUGUGAAGGUGUGUGACCGGGCGUAUGUGACAGAAGAUGAGGAGGAGGAGAGCAUGUCAGAACACAGCUACAGCCCUGGUGACGGUCAGUACCCAGAGGGGGCCGAGGACUGCCUCCCCCCACCUGGCAGCCCAUACUACCUGCCCGACCCCACCCAGCUCUGUGUGCCAGAGUUAGGCGAGGAGGGAGCGAGUGGCGUACGGGGACCGGUCCUCUUCCAUCCGCCGCCCAACUGUCGCAUCAGAGAGGUCCACUGUGGGACCCAGGUGAGGCUGGUUGUCAUAGCGAUCCGAGACAUCGCCAAAGGGGAGGAGAUCACGGUGGACUACAGUCUGACGGACUGGGGCGAGAACGCCAUGGAGGAAGAGGCGGCCCCUCACCCUCUGUCCCUCUCCGUUUCUGAUUACCUCACCCCCUCCUGGUCCUUGUCCCCCUCGUCCUCCCCGCUCACCCACUCUGAACCCAGCGACUCAGACCGCGAGGAGGACGAAGAGGAGGAAGACGACGACGAUGACGACGACGAUGAAGAAGAGGAAAUGGAGGAGAUAAGGGGCCGAAUGCUUCGCCGCCGCAAGAAGCGCAAGCUUCCUGCGGAGGUCCCUUCGAAGAAGAAGAGCGAGAACCCCUGCUCAUCCUUCUCCCACCCGCCACCUGUCACCCCACCUGCCAGAUCCCAGUCCCAGCCCCCUGUCAGUGCCCUGGCCCCCCCCACUACCAACAUCAACAACAACAUCAACAUCAACAUCGGCAGCUCCACCGGCGCUGCGGUGAGCCGGCGGCAGCACUGCCCGUACUGUGGCCGCCACUAUCGCUCUCUGGCCCGCCACCUGGAGAAGCACCACGCCAACCAGCCCGAGGUCAGAGCCGCUAUGGAGCAGGCUCACCUGCACACACACAGCUCUUCAAACGGAAGCGCCGCGCACCCUAACCCCUCAGCGUCCUCCACCUCUCACAGCCACUCCUUCGCCGUCCCUCAGCCCGCGGCCUCCAGCCCCCCCCCCCCUCUCUUCUCACGGGAGAGGGACUCGCCAGCGACUCGCUCAAACACCGGCAGCGUGUCCUUCUCCCUCUCGCUUUCCCCACCUUCUUCUGCUCAGCCUGCAGCAGCCAAGAAGGCGCCCAGUUUACCACUGCCAAGCACCAAACGCCCCCCCACCCCCAUGGUGCCACGAGUUAAGAGUCCGUCCCCUCCCCCGUCUGCUCCCAGGAGGGGGAGGAGGUUGAAGAGAGAGAAGCAUGAAGAGCAGCCGAAGGCGGAGGUGGAGAGCUCGAGGAGUCAAGAGGAGCUGGCUCCCCCUCCGACUCCAGAGCCUGACGUGGAUCCAGAGGAAGAUCUGGACCUGAGCGGAGACGGAGACGCGGCCGAGGAGAAGAACGGAGCGGUGGUGAGCCCACAGAGACAUCACAUGUCCCCGCUGCUCUCCUCCCUCUCCUGUCUGGUGGUCUACCUCCGCCGCCAGCAGCACUCCUCCUGCCUCUCUCUGACCCGCUCUCCUCACUCGGCCGAGGCCUGGCGCCUGCUCUGCCACUCCAGCCUCUCUCUGCUCAUCCUCUACAACCGCCACCGGGAAUGUGAGGUGGCCAAGCUCACCGUGCAGGACUACUGCAGCCGCACCCCCCCCCCAUCCAGCUCCAGCAGCAGCCCCCCCUCUGGCAUGGAAGCCCUGCUGUCCCCUUUUGAGCGCCACGUGCUCUGUAACCUGCCACGGGCCGGGGUCCUGGGCAAGCGUGGUCGCAUCCAGCCGCUGAUUCUGCCGCCACACUGCGAGUCGUGCCUUGACCUGCUCCUUCAGACGAGCCCGAGUGUGGGUGUGGACCCCGAGAGCCCCUACGUCUUCUCCCGGCCCUACCACUCUCCUGCCACCCCCGCUCCGGGGCACCGACCUCCUGAGGAACCUGGCUCGGUCCAGCGGGGCCAAGAACCCCGGAGCACUGACGGCGACUCGUGCGCGGCGGCAGGUAGCGAUUUUCACUCAGCUGCUGCUGCUAGAGGAGGGCGAGGGCCAGGGAGGGGGCACCAAACGGCUGGAGGACUUCCUGGAGCGAGAGUACCACGUGACCCAAAACUGCUCCACCAUCAUACGGGAUCCAGCUCUGAUGGGUCAGGUGGGUCGGGUUGUUCUGUACGGAGAGAGGGAGGGCGUGCUGUUCAGAGGGAUGAGCCUGCAACACAUCUGCCUGGAGCUGGAUGUCAUGUCUGGAAACUCGGCAGACUCCUUCUCAGAAGAUUCAGAGGCAGUGGAAGAGAAGGAGGAAGUGAAGGAGAAAGCUGAGGUGAUGAUGGUGAAGAAGAAAGGACCAGGGCGACCACGGAAGAAGAAAGCCCCGACCCCCUCUCCAGUCAGCCCGUCUAUAGCCAGCGCCCACAAGAAAAGAUGCAUUCCACCCAAAUCAGGGAAGCGUGGCGUGCUGAAGCGGCCCUGGUCGGAGGCGGAGCGCGUAGCAGUGGAGACGCACCUGAAGAGAAAUCUGAUGGAGCUGCGAGUACCUGCCAAGGCCGACUGUGAGCGCUGCCUGGAGCUCUGCCCCCUGCUGG